AGGAAAAAAAUGAAAGCGAAAAAGAGAAGAAAGAAAAACGCGUUUUCUUCAAACAUCACUGUUGAACUUGACUCUUCUUUCUCUCUCUUCCAUUUCUUCUUCUUCUUCUUCUUCUUCUUCCCCUCACCCAGCAAUUCUAGGGUUGGGGUUUCAAAGAGGAAAACCCUCUCCUUCCUUCUUCAUCUACUUGGAAAAAGGGUUUGGGGUUUUUAUACGGCCCUCCAAAGGGUAAUCAAAGAUGGUUUCUUUUCUCUCUUCAGUGAUCAAAUGGCAUUUUUUUGACAAACGACUCUGCCCUCUUCUUCUCUUGUUCCUUUCACUGCUCUGCUUUACUUGUAACGGUGUCGUUUUAGCUGGUUUCGAUGAUAAAUCCGUCCUCGUUCAGUUCAAAAACUCACUGUCCGACCCAUCAGGCUUCCUCUCCAACUGGAAUCUGGAAAAUAGCAACGACUCCAAUCACUGCUCAUGGUUUGGCGUUUUAUGUGACUCUAAUUCUCGUGUCGUUUCGCUCAACAUUUCGGGGGGUGGCAAACAAGGUAAUUUAAGUGAAACUGACGAUGGGUUUCAAUUUUCGUGUUCUGAUUAUGCUCAGUUUCCGAUUGAAGGGUUUGGUAUUAGGAGAAAUUGUGAGGGUGUUAGAGGAAAAUUGAGUGGAAAAUUGUUGUCUGCUAUUGCUGAUCUUACUGAACUUAGAAUUUUGUCUCUUCCAUUUAAUGGGUUACAUGGUGAAAUUUCUAAAGAAAUUUGGGGCAUGAAAAAUUUGGAAGUUCUCGAUCUAGAAGGCAAUUUGUUGAAUGGAUCUCUACCUUUUUCGUUUCCCGGGCUAAAAAAAUUGAGGGUGCUUAAUUUGGGGUUUAAUAGAAUAGCUGGUGAGAUACCGGCUUCAUUCUCAGAUUUUGAGAGUUUGGAAGUGUUAAAUUUGGCUGGUAAUCAGGUGAAUGGAACAGUACCUGCCUUUGUUGGAAGGUUGAGAGGGGUCUAUUUGUCAUUUAAUAAGCUCGGUGGGUCUGUGCCGAGUGAAAUUGGAGAGAAUUGUGGCAACCUUCAGCAUUUGGAUUUGUCAGGGAAUUACUUGGUUGGUGGAAUUCCUCAGAGUUUGGGAAUGUGUUUUCAGUUGCGAUCCUUGUUGCUGAAUUCCAAUAUGUUGGAGGAAGUUAUUCCAGCUGAAUUAGGCAUGCUUCAGAAUCUUGAAGUAUUAGAUGUGUCAAGGAAUAGUCUUAGUGGCCCGAUACCUGUUGAGGUUGGAAACUGUUCCAAAUUGACUGUUCUUGUGCUUUCAAAUCUAUUUGACCCAUUUGGCAAUGUUGGGAGUACAAGAGGGGAUUCUCCAGUCGAGCAAUCGACUUCAAUGAAUGACAAUUUUAACUUUUUUCAAGGUGGAUUUCCGGAGGCAGUUACCUCUCUUCCAAACUUGAGGAUAUUGUGGGCACCACGGGCAACACUUGAGGGCAAGUUACCAAGCAAUUGGGGUACUUGUGACAACUUGGAGAUGCUUAAUUUUGGGCACAAUUUUUUCACAGGAGAGAUUCCUGGUGCACUUGGUCACUGCAAAAAACUGCAUUUUCUUGACUUGAGCUCAAAUCAGCUCACUGGAGAGCUUUCUGAGGAACUCCCAGUCCCUUGUACAACUCUCUUCGAUGUCAGUGGAAACACCCUGUCAGGUUCAAUUCCAACAUUUCAUAGUAGGGCCUGUCAUCCAGUGCCUUACUUAAGGGGGAACCUCUUUGAAAGCUAUGACCCACCUACAGCAUAUUUAUCAUUUUUAACAAACAAAGCUCAAGCUGCAACUCCUUUGUCAUUACUUGGAGGAGAUAAUGUUCUUGCAAUAUUUCACAAUUUUGGAGUAAAUAAUUUCACUGGCAGUCUACCGUCCAUGCCAAUCGCACCUGGAAGAUUAGGGAAGCAAACUGCAUAUGCAUUUUUUGCAGGAGAAAACAAACUUAGUGGACCAUUCCCAGGGCACCUGUUUGAGCAAUGUGAUAGAUUGAGCACAAUAAUGGUCAAUGUUAGCAACAAUGAAUUGUCUGGUCAGGUUCCAGAUGACAUUGGUACUAUGUGUAAAUCUCUUAAAUUUCUGGAUGCUUCGGGAAAUCAGAUUGUUGGGCCCCUUCCCCGUGGUGUUGGGGAAUUGAUGUCCCUUGUUGCUCUUAAUUUGAGUUGGAACUUUAUGCAUGACCAGAUUCCCACUAGUCUUGGGCAGAUAAAGAGUCUAAAGUAUCUUUCUUUGGCUGGUAAUAAACUCACUGGCUCUAUACCUUCCAGUCUGGGUCAGUUGCAGUUAUUGGAAGUGCUGGAUCUUUCUUCGAAUUCUCUCACUGGUGUGAUCCCAAAUGAUCUUGAGAACUUGAGAAGUUUGACUGCUCUUCUUCUCAACAAUAAUAAUCUCUCUGGGAAGAUUCCCUCUGGAUUGGCAAAUGUGUCUACUCUGUCAGCAUUCAAUGUGUCCUUUAAUAACUUGUCUGGGCCAUUGCCCUUAAGUACUAAUUUGACAAAGUGCAAUAGUGUUCUUGGAAACCCUUUUCUACAUCCUUGCCAGGUUUUUUCCCUCACAGUUCCAUCUUCAGAUAUUCAGGGAGCUGGGGAUCCACAGAAUUCUGCUGCAGCUCCUGUAGGAAGCCCAGUAAGUAGUGGUGGCCAUGGCUUCAAUUCAAUUGAGAUAGCAUCCAUUGCAUCUGCAUCGGCUAUUGUGUCAGUUCUUUUGGCUCUCAUUGUGUUAUUCUUCUACACCAGAAGAUGGAAUCCACAAUCCAAAAUAGGUUCUACCAGGAAGGAAGUAACAAUUUUCACAGACAUUGGAGUUCCAGUGACAUUUGAGAAUGUUGUACAGGCCACAGGAAAUUUCAAUGCAAGCAACUGCAUUGGGAAUGGAGGUUUUGGGGCAACUUAUAAGGCCGAAAUCUCACCAGGAGCCUUAGUGGCCAUAAAACGGCUUGCUGUUGGACGGUUUCAAGGGAUUCAACAGUUCCAUGCAGAAAUCAAAACCCUAGGAAGGCUUCGGCAUCCAAAUUUGGUCACCUUAAUUGGUUAUCAUGCCAGUGAAACUGAAAUGUUUCUUAUUUACAAUUAUUUGCCAGGGGGUAAUUUGGAAAAUUUUAUCCAGGAAAGAUCCACAAGGGCUGUGGAUUGGAGGAUACUUCACAAGAUUGCUCUGGAUGUUGCCCGUGCUCUUGCCUACCUUCACGAUCAGUGUGUACCACGUCUCCAUCGUGAUGUCAAGCCCAGCAAUAUCCUGUUGGAUGAUGAUUUCAAUGCUUAUUUAUCUGACUUUGGCUUGGCAAGGCUUCUAGGCACUUCAGAAACCCAUGCCACUACAGGAGUAGCUGGUACUUUUGGUUAUGUUGCCCCAGAAUAUGCAAUGACUUGCCGGGUUUCUGAUAAGGCUGAUGUUUACAGUUAUGGGGUUGUACUUCUUGAGCUACUUUCAGACAAGAAAGCUCUAGAUCCUUCAUUUUCCUCAUUUGGAAAUGGUUUCAACAUAGUUGCAUGGGGUUGCAUGCUCUUGCGACAAGGCUGUGCCAAGGAGUUUUUCACUUCAGGAUUAUGGGACGCAGGUCCUCACGAUGAUUUGGUAGAGGUUUUACACUUAGCAGUUGUAUGCACAGUUGAUUCUCUUUCAACCAGGCCAACGAUGAGACAAGUUGUAAGGCGGCUGAAGCAACUCCAACCUCCUUCAUUCUAGUGUCUUGAUAAGUCUUUAUUCAUUAACACAAUCGUUUGUAGAAGGAACCCAUUGUAAUUUAUGCUUCUGAGGUGGUAUUGUCAGUGGCUGUCUUGUAGGUAGAGUUAUCAACUGUAGUUAACUCCACUUGUAAAUUGUAUUGUAAUUUUGCAUCCAUUUUUCUGAUGAGGGGGCUCACUGAUGAAUCUGCAGAAGAAUGCAGAUGCUUGUUCCCACUUAUACUUGUAAUUGUAGUGUCAUUUGUUGUUUAAUAAAACAAUCAAAUAGAUUUACAUUCUGAGGAA